CCCGAGCGUGCGCGCGGGGACAGGGUGGGGUGGGGGUCCCGUGGAGGGGGCCUGGGUCAUUGCCUCCUCAGUCGAGGUUUGUAUUACCUGAGGCAGGGGCACGGCACGCUGAGAUUGUCCGGCACUGAUUGAUCCGAAAUUAGACUGCCCGGGCUGGGGGGACCCGCGUUUGCAUUGCUUCGGAAGCAGUAGGACCCCAGGCCAAGUUGUUCCCCUCGGUUUGCAUUUGUUCAUCUUUCAUUGCACUGGCAGAGUGCCUUCCAAUUUUGCACUGCACUGAGAAUGUACAUCUAGACUUGAACUGCACAAGAAUUGUACUCCAAGGUUGCAUCAGAACAUCUCUCAAUUUUCAUUUGCCCAAGGGUAGAAAGAGCUAUGUGUUCCCUGACUUUAGUAAGGGGUCCCUAGGGGAAAGCCCCUCCCCCCAUGUUGCCCUGCUUCCAGCUGCUUCGCAUGGGGGUUGGGAGGGGUGGAGAUCUCUAUACUUUUCACCCCCCAACUGGGGCUGGCUGUACCUACCACUUGGGCCUCAGGGCUGAUCUGUGUGAUGUGGCCCUUCGGCCCCAGUGUGAGCCUGUCCUCAUCUCUCCGGUCCAUGCCAAGCUGCAUGCUGAAGGCCAAGGUGACGACUGGAGAGUCAGCCUGGAGGACUGCAGUAGCUAUGGUACCUUGGUCAACAAUAUCAGGCUACCCAGGGGUCACCAACUGGAACUAAGUGACGGUGACCUCCUAACCUUUGGCCCUAAGGGGCCUGUGGGGGCCAGCCCUCCUGAGUUCUACUUCAUGUUCCAGCGUGUGCGAGUCCGACCCCAGGACUUUGCUGCUAUCACUAUCCCCAGAGCUGGGGGGGAAUCAGGAGGUGAAGGUGGUUUUUGGCCUAUGCUGCCCCCUCAGGGGGCCCCACAGCGUCCCCUCAGCACCCUCUCCCCUGCUCCCAAGGCUACCCUGAUCCUCAGCUCCAUUGGCAGCCUCAGCAAACUCCAGCCUCAGCCCCUUACAUUCUCCAGGGUCGGGGGUGGAGGUCAGAGCCUGACCUUUCCUGUGACCUUUAGGGAGGCAGGGGCCACCCUUCCCACCCCACCUCCAGCCCCUCGGAACCGUCGGAAGUCAGCACACAAGGUGCUGGCUGAGCUAGAGGAUGAGGGAGGAACUGAGGAGAACCCUCCCAGAGUUCAGGCUGAAACCAGGAAGAAGCCCCGAGGAAUGAAGAUUCCAGUCACUCCCUGUGGAAAGCGACGUGGCCGUCCCCGGAAGUACCUGUCAUCUCGGACUGCAGUUCCCCCUCCGGUUGGGGGAGGGGAGCCCUGUGCAGCCCCCAGCUGCCAACCACCCCAGGAAGAGACAGUGGCCUGGGUCCAAUGUGAUGGCUGUGAUGAGUGGUUCCAUGUGGCCUGUGCAGGUUGCAGCUACCGGGCUGCCCAAGAGGCUGACUACCGCUGUUCUAGUUGCCAAGCCUAAGGAGGAAAGACUUCCAGGAAGGAAUUGCCCAUUGCCAUGGAUACUAACUGACUAAGGGACCUUAGCAGUCCCCUAAAGUAACAUGGAAAAAAGUGCCUUUUGGCUGUGGCUGUUGUCUCAAGGAGUGUCCAGUUGCUAGAGAACAUGGAACUGAUUCCAGGGUCCUGUUGCCUCCAGAUGCCAUAUGCCUGAGAUCAGAGUUACCAACUCUGGAAGUCAAGAUCAUGUCAGAUGAAUGGCUUCAGGAACUCUAAAACUGGAUGAGGAAGAUUUUGGAGGGCCAUUUAUAGUACUUCCCUGGGAGAAUCUGGAAAACUUCAGGUUUGGCUGUGAGAGGGCAGGGAAAAGGAGAAAAGAAAAAUGUUCUAGUAUGACUCUGAUCCCUCAAAUAUGCUGCUUCCAUCAUAACAGCCUACCCCAAAGCUCUACUGGCCAUUAUGUCCAGUUCCCCAAUCUUUGGUCUUUUCUGAUCUGUCCUUUCCCCUUCCUGCUUAUUUCCAAAUAAAGAACCAGCUGCUGA